AUGGAUCCCUUUAGUACUUCUACUUCAACCAAGCCAGGCCUUGACCAAACAAGCACACCUAUGUUAGGCCCUUCCUGGUAUCAGGUAGCUGCCAAGACCUGGUGCAACUCUAACUCAUCACAUGGUGAAUCCUUGCAAGACCAUCUUUCCCUCAUCUUCCAAGAGGCCUCCUUCUGGACAAGCCCGACAUCCAGGUCGAUAGAGGCUAGGGAGCCCUCUUUCAUCAACCCUAAUAUCCAAAAUAUGCUGGAACUUCAGAUUACAAAGAGGGUAGAGCUCAGAGGGAAAGGAAAAGAAAUAUCUGACCAUGCCUUGGGCCGCCAGGACAGAAUGCUGCAGUCCUGGAGCAGCAGGCAGGCCACCACCACCUCACACCCCUUCUGGAGCAGAGACUGCAAAUCAGAGCAGUUUUCCGGUUAUCAGCAGUUAUUCUGUCAGAAGGUCUCAGGCGACCAUUCACAGAUGAAAUACAGCCAGCUUUUCUGGGGCCUCCCCUUUCUCCACAGUGAGUCCCUUGUGGCCACUAUUAACAUGGCACGGUCCCUGCAAGAUGUCCCCUCCAUCUUCUUCAAUGUAUUCUCUACAUAUAUUCCAUUAGAAGCCCAAACUAACUUACCUCCACAGCUCUUCUCUCCAAAGCCCGUACUUCAUCACUCCAUCAAAUCCCAAACUUUUACUUCGAAGAUGUCCUCGACCGGAGCUCCACCAGUGGCCACAACCCAAAAUCAGGCCCGUGACUUAUACUCUCUACCAAAUCUGCCACACCAUUACCCUAUAAUUAAGGAUUAUGGGGUUUCUUCUGCUACAUCGUCAAGAAAUCAAUUCAUUGUCCCACUUGCUGUUCAGCACCUAGAGCUCCAUCUUUUGAAGAAGCACCGGGAAAGUAGGAGUGAAUUACCAUCCAUUGUCAAAAGGUCCCAGGAAUCAUGUAAUCUGCUGACUUCAGACACCUGGGUAUCCAAGGGCCAUGGGUCUGUUGACCAUCUUCCGGAGGAAUUCAUUAAGCCCAGCUUCCGUGAGCUGUUGGAACAGCAUUUAAAAAAGAGCUUCAUACAACACCAGGGGAAAUGGUCCUGCAAGGUCCAGAGACAGCUGGACCUAAUGAAGUGUCAGGAGAGUCUUCCAGGGAUGAGUCAGGCAGAAGUUCAUCAUGGGACCCCAUGUCCCUCGUCAUUGGCAGAUGAAGGCAGCCAGCAUCCACAGAAUGUCCCACCAAAGGAUCCAGAGACGUUCCAUCCAUGGCGGGAUCCAGGCAAGUGUUUGACAAACUUCCUGGGAAGAGCUGGGAAAGAUCUACACAGGAGGCCAGAAGGUCCCCUAGACAAAGUUCCUCAGGAAACCUCAGAGACUGAGGAGGAAACUUACCACAUGAGACCCCCAAGAAGAGAUGCACCGAGUGUUUCCCCAGUGGACAGAGGAAAGGAGCAGCUAGCAGGAAUCCUGAAAAACUACCAAAGUAGUAAAUGUAGACAUACCAAAGUCCGUGAAGUGCCCGUGGCCAUUUGUGAAGGAGUAAGUAUUGACCAUGCAUUGGCCCCUCCUGACAAUUCAAACACAAACAUGAGAUCUUGGGAGAAAUCACCCUUGAAUGAUGUGACCAUCUGCAAGAAUACUAACGGGCCUUCCUUCCUAGACGCCAGCACUCAGAAGGUGCUGGAAACACAUCUUACAAGACGCCUGGUGAAGCACAGAUGGAGCCUGUCCCUCAGAGGCCUCAAGACCAUACAUGUUUUCAAUGCAAACAAGGCUUCAGCUUUGCCGUCUGAUGUCUCCUUGUCCUCCUGGGACUCUAGAGAAGCUGGCACUGACAAAACAGCCAGUGACCUGGGAGAACCUUUUCAGAAAGCCCCAGAGGAGAAAGUGAUGAAAAUACCCAACACUGUGGAAUCACUUUCCACACAGAUCCCUCCUUCUGCCCUCCAGCUUGAAUUGCUGAGAAAGCCUCUACUUAGUGACAACAAAUCUGCCCAGGAGGGCAAUCUGACUUCUAUAUCCUCCCCUCAGAGUCUCGUGGGCAGAGCCUGGCACAGGGAUAGAGUUCAUGGACAUUGGACAGACAAGCCAGAGUCCACUCCAGGCCCAGUCAAGAGUGUGCAUGAGUCACAGGAGAGUGGGGAUGCGUCUUUUAGAGAAAUGUGUGAAGGAGUAUUAGUUCGGGAGAUCAGUGUGACAUCCCAGUCACCAAGUGGUGUGGAUAUCAGGCAUCUGGAAGAGGCAGAAGAGGAAGAGUCCUCUGACUGGGCACUAACCAGGAAAGUUGGGGAGAUGGCAAAGUCUCCAACCCACAGUGAAUCAUGGGAGGCCAGUGAAAGUCCAUCCCCUUCCACACCCAUUUCACAGGGUCCAGAAGACUCAGGCCUGAGCACACCUCACUGCCUGGCCCCUGGUGUUGUCCUCCAGGACUGUGCCACUGGAACAUUCCUUCAAGACUGUGCCCCAGAGGUUUUGCUUGCUGCAGAUAUCCUGGCCUCCCGGGCCUCCCGGGCCUCCCGGGCCUCCAAGUCUAGAUUCAAGACUCAGUCCCCUCCAAGUCCGUCAACCUCUCAGGACAGACACCGCUUCUUUCCAAGGGAAGAGAGUCUCACCAAGAUUACUGAACUCCAGGAACCAUGGACUACUCAUAUCUUUGGUCCUAAUAACAAAAAGGACAAUGGAAGUCCCCGGCAGGAUAUACAACAUUCAGGGACAAUACCUGUAAAAGGUUAUCUGUCAAAUAACCAUGAAAAAAAGUUUGGAGAAAAGAUAAAAAACUUCAUUGUUUCAAUUUUGAACCCCAAAGACAAAGGACAGGAGAACUUACCGCAAAAAGUCAAGGUCUUAUCUGGCACCACCCAAAAUCGAGGGUCAGGCCUGAGUAGGUUGUUCAUGCCCCACCAAGUCACGGAAGCUCAGGACCGCAUGACCUCUGCUGGGUGGACUCCAGAGCAGAAACCGGGGGUUCACCAUAGGUGUGCUCCCUCAAAGAAAAAUGCACAGCAAAACCCACCCGAAGCUCCAGUGAGCAGGCAUGUCUGCCGCCACAGGAUUCCUACUGCACAAUCAAAAACAGCACAAGGAAACACUGCCUGUGUUCAUCAAGCCAACCCCAAGGUUCACAGUCAACCUUCCACAAAUGGAAUGCCCUGUGCUAACAAGUGGGCCCAGGUGUCCACAGAACCUGUGUCCCGAGCCAGUUACUAUCAGCACAGGGCACAGGCGCCACUUGUCCCAGGGGCCCCCAUCCACUGUCCUAGGCAUUGCCGCUGUAGGAGUGUACUCUCUGGAAAUGUGAGUGCUUUUCCAUAUUGGAAGUAA